UGUAAUUAUGAGAUAUGUAUGUUAAGUUAUUAUGUUAUAUUAGGUUAUAAUGUUGAUAUAUAUUGACGGUCUAGCAUACAUUUCUAGCCCAACGUACAUAUACAAUAUGCUUAUAGUGGUUUCAAUUUGUUAAAGACAAUAUAUAAUAAAAAUACAUUAUAUUUUGUAAUGUCAUUUAUUUAUUAUUAGACAGCAAAAUGUGGUUACUGCGGAUGGUUGCUGAAAAUGGAUAAUAUUUUGAAACAUUCUUGUUUUGGUCUUUUUGACGCUGCAUGUCAGGUUUUUAGCGUGGAUGAGGCUGGAAAAAUUGUUAUGACAGAUAUCAAUUUGAUGGAGACAACAGGGGAUGAAAGCCUAAAUGAUGUAACAGAGAAUGAAAAUAAUGCUUCAGAACCACAAGAAGUAGAUGAAGAGCUGAUAAGUAUAGUUCAACAACGACCAGCCUUGUAUGAUCCUCGUCUACCACUUCAAGAAAGAACUAAGUUAAAGCAAAAAGAUCUAUGGCAGGAAGUCAGCAAUUGUCUAGGAGGAGCAUAUUCACCUAUUGACGCCGAAAAAAAAUGGCAAUAUUUAAGAGAUUGUUAUACAAAAGCUAGGAGGAAUUUUAAGAAAAUACAGAGCAUUGAAAAAAGAAGUGGUGCUGCAGAAUAUAAAGACAACGAUUGCACAGAUUCAGAAAACAGGCCACCUUCAACGCCAUCACCGAGUAUCUCUGAAUUGUCUGUAGCGACUUCAGCUUUACGAAAAAGACAACAUUCAAGUAACAUCGACGAAGUAGAUAGAGCUUUUUUACAGACCUUAAACACAAAUGUUCAACCCAAUCCUAUUGAUGGAUUCAUGUUACGACUGGCAGAAGGAAUGCGUCGACUUCCCUACAGGGAAAGAUCACAGUUAGAGUUAGAGUUCUUAAUAAAACUGCGUGAAACGGAGGAAAGAUUGGGACUAUUAAAUAAUUAAGAGGAUAUC